AUGGGCGUGGUCGACAGGUUUUUCGGCGGGGUUCGGAAACAGGAAAGUCACCUGGAUAUCCCGGCUAUAAAGCCCACUCAAUUUCCGGUCAUCUAUUCAGUCGCGCGAAAAGUCAAGGGUGACAUGAAACUGUUGUGUUUCCUGUUUGUGAUCUGUUUCGUUCUGGUGGAGAUUGUGAAUGUAAGUCUUCUUGAUCGGUUUAUGGAGUCACUGGAGCCACUGUGACAUUUCUUAGCUGCCUUAAAUUUUGUCAGUAACAAGAAAUUGCUUUUUUAAAACCAUUAUUUCGAGUAACUUUUACAAAAAUCACAUAGUAAAUAAAGUACAUCCUCUGCACACAACAAAUCGCAAGGGACAAUAUAAUGUUCUUUCGGAGGUUCAUUCUACCCUGAGAUUAAAUUUUGGCACAUAACGAGUUUGUUAUCUGACCUUCUAAGACAGGGUAUCUUGGCUGUAGCUGCAUCAUCUCGUGGAAAAUCGGCUAUUGUAAUUUCAGGCCUGUCUGCCUCCGCCAGGAGCACAGCCAAUUUACGGAAGGCGGAAACGCUCUCUUCACAACAACGACCUCUUCCAAACCCCUGAUCCUCAAGCUGUCCCAAUACCGGAUCCGUAUGAAGUCCCUGUCACCGAAAAUUAA